AUUCCUUGUAUUAAAACUCAAAAUUUAGAUUAUUAAAAAUUGAAAACUUUUAACAUUUUUUAACAAAAAAUAUCGUUUUAAUUAGUCAUUAAUAUUUAUUUGUAAAGCUUUGCAUUUUGCAAAACACAUAAGUUUACAAUGGCAGUGUCGUUGAGCGUAAGAAAGAGAACGCAAGGAAAUGAUAUUUUUAAAUCAAUAUCAGAUGGUCUUGCACCAGUCUUGAAGGAAACACGGCUAAGCGAUGCUUUAAAGUUGUACCAAGAAGCUAUUAAUUCAGCAACAUGCUAUGAGGAAAGAAAUAGUGCAUACAAAAAUCAUGGCGUUACAGCUCUUAAUCUUUUCAAUGAACAGUUUACUUAUCUAGGGCAAAUGAAAAACCAUUACGUACAUUCAACUUUUAUAUGCAAGUUUGCCAAAGCAGUCUCUUUCUUUCUCUUGAAAACUCGAUCAAUAAACCAAACGAAUGGAUACAUCCAUAUUAUUCAAAAGUCAAUUGAAGCCAUUGAACUUUAUAUUAACAGUUUUUUAUUUGAAAAAGAAUACUCUCUACAAAUAUCUUCUUUAAAUGAGUUAAUUCAACAUGAUAAAAUUUUAAAAAUUGUUAAAGUCCACGUAACUUAUCGACUUUCGAACUUACAUCACCAAAUUUCAAUAAAAUAUUUAGAUGAAAAACAAAUUAACGAAAGCUUCAAGUCAAUAAACGAUUGUAAUUAUUUCUACGAAGAAUGUUUUAGAUAUAAUAAACAAGUAUAUGCAGAAAACAUUGAUGUAGAAUUUAAUUUUUGGAGCGAUCUCGAUCAGCUAAAAACUAGUAUUGAUCUGCAAAUAUGCAUUCUUGACGGGCUUAAAGCAAAACACGAAGCAGAUUUAACCUAUGAUAAAUGUAUUAACGAAAGUGAGUCAGUUGAUAUAGAGUUAGCCUGGAACGCAAUUGAUAUGUAUCGUGUUGCAAUAAAAGCAACUGCAACAAAAGAUAUUGAGCUAGAAGCUGAAAUUACAAGUAUAAUCGGCGUCAUCUACGAAAAAAUUCUUCUAAUUAAAGAACGGGCGAAGCAAUAUUACAUGCAUGCUCUUGAUUUAGCAGAAUCUAUGAAACCAAAAUUGUUUACAGCUGAAGCUUGGUAUAUAAGAGCUGUCAAUGCAAUCAAUAAGUUUCAAAAAGAAGUUGUUGACGAAGAAGAAAAAGCAAAGGAAGUGGAAAAAGAAAAGGUCAUAAGCAAAAUAAAGGAAGACUUAAACAAAAUAAGAGAAAAUUCAACUAAGUCGAAUAAGCACUUUUUGAUCUUUAUUUAUGAAAACUAUCCCCCCAAGGAUUCUGAUCACAAACUUGAUAAGAAUGUAAUGGAAAAAAAAAACGAUUGGUGUUUAAAAGAAGAAUACAAAAAAUCAUUAAUUCAUUAUCAUCCAGACAAGAACAAAGGGGAAACUUACGGCAUGGAAUGGUUCUUUAUUGUUGACGAAAUAAGCAAGCAUCUUGGAAGAAUUUAUAAUAUUAUGAAGUCUUCAUAAUAUUAUAAUGAAGAUAAUAAAGAGUUAAACACUUUUUUAUCCUAGUUGUUUUUCAUGCAUAAAAGAAUUAUUGUUUUA